AUGACUACGACAAUCACCUUGUGCGUCCCGAUCACCAAAACCAAAACCGCAGUCUCGCCCCGCUUUAGCACCAAACGCCACUCAAUCAUCAACCAGCUUGGCUUGCGGCGACUUGUUCUAGCCACUCGGAGUUCGUGUCUCCACGCUGUUCUCUCUGUCACUCGACCUCUUGACUCCAGUUCCCCGUCAGCCCAGUCCAGCCCAGUCCAGUCAGCAGCCGCCCCAGAGAAUCUUGGACGAAACUUGGUCAAUCCGUUUGCUCUGUUGUCUGGCACGGUAAAAAACCGAGCCCCGCUAAACCACCGUUAA